AUGCCAGUCCCACCUCAAGUUCAAAAAGCUUUGGAUGACUUUGACAAGCAAUUGCAACAACCAGGUCCAUUGACCAAUGUUUUGGCUACCGUCGAACAAAAAACUGGAGUCAAAAGAUUGCAUUUGGUUCUCGGAGUUUUGGGUCUUCAAGCUCUUUAUUUGAUCUUCGGACACUCAGCUCAAUUACUUUGUAACUUCAUGGGAUUUGUCUAUCCAGCUUAUAUGAGGUUUGUCAAUUUUUGUCUAUAAAACCUAAUUUGUCCUAUAUUUUGCAGUAUCCGAGCCAUCGAAUCAUCAAAUAAAGACGAUGACACUCAAUGGUUAACUUAUUGGGUUGUUUUUGCGAUUUUCUCAGUUUUGGAAUUCUUCUCGGUUCAAAUUGUCGCAGUUUUCCCAAUUUAUUGGCUUUUUAAGUCACUUUUCCUUCUCUUCCUUUAUUUGCCAGCAUUCCGUGGAGCCACCAAGCUUUAUCACAGGUAAAUUAUUCGAAAUUUGAGAACAUUUAAAUAUAAGUACAUUUUUAGAUUCAUCCAACCAUUUGCUGCCAAACACGGACAAUCAAUUGAUGCUCGCUUGGGAAAUGUUGCCGAUAAAGUCAACAAUGGUAAGCUAUUUGGAAAUGUUAUAAAAAUAUAAAUUAUUAUAUGUAUGUAUUUUCAGCCGCCAACAAACUUGUCAAUGAAGUUCGCGAUCAUCUCGAAUAA